CAGGAAUUCUGCGCUCUCAUUGGCGGAGAGGGCUUGACAGUCGACUUUGGCCGUGUUGCCCAGGACUUUCCCGUCAGAUCUCUUAGGACGGUCCUGAGAACGAGUCACCGGUCCGGGAAGAGUAACAGGGGGGCGCGGCACACCGACACACCAGACAUACUGCGACAACUUCACGGAGGAUAUACCGGGCCGGGGCCAGAGGCCACCAUGAUGGAAUUAGAGUUACCCCCCGCUAAGCAGUCACAGCAGGAUAUGGAUCUCAUUGACAUCCUGUGGAAACAAGACAUUGAUCUAGGUGUUGGCCGAGAAGUUUUUGACUACAGCCAAAGACAGAAGGAAUAUGAACUGGAAAAACAGAAAAAGCUUGAAAAGGAGCAUCAAGAACAACUACUCAAGGAACAGGAAAAAGCAUUAUACGCCCAUCUGCAGUUAGAUGAGGAGACUGGGGAAUUCAUUCCAGUUCAGCAGCCAGCGCCCAUGUUGGCCACAGUAGCCACACAGUCAGUCUCCGCUUCCCUGCAGAGUAAAUCUGAGCUGGGGCAAGGACUCUCCUUUGAUGAAUGCUUGAAGAUUUUAGCUGAUACAUUCCCAUAUGAGGCACCUGCAAUGACCUUCCAAACAGCAAUGGUACCAAAUGCUCAGAUGGAUAACAGCCAGAGCUUUCUCACCACAGAACAGAACCCUGAUCCAGACACUUUGCAGAACACAAGACCCAAUACAGAAAACAUGCAAGAAAUGGAGAAAGCGUGGGAAGAAUUGUUGUCUAUCCCCGAGCUGCAGCAGUGUCUCGGCAAUCAAAUCGAGAGCUUUGUGGACCUGAGCUUGUAUUCAAAUACAGAUGCUGUGAUAGAAACACCUAACAACAACUACGUGUUCCACAACCCAUUGCUGAACAGUGAAAAACCAGCAGAAGACUCCGCUCCACUUUUCUCUAAUGACUUUGUAGGUUCUUUUGCCCCUAAUGUACCAAUAGUAAACACAAAUCCAACAUUCAAUGUUGAAUCAUUUUGCGAUGAUAUAUUUACCCUUAUUGAUCCCAAAGUGACCAAUGUGCCUUUAACAGACAAUUCAGGCCAGUCAUUCAGUGAACUUCUAAAUGAACCUGUCGAUAUCACAGACUUAUCAUUGUGUAAAGCUUUUAAUGGGACCAGUCCAACAGAAUUUAAUGAUUCUGAUUCAGGGAUCUCCAUAAACACAAGCCCCUGUUCUACAUCCCCUGUGCAGUCCAUGGGUUCCUCCAUUUAUGGAGAUGCACAAUAUGGAUACAGCGACUCUGAAAUGGAAGAUAUGGAUAGCACAACUGAAAGUGUACAACAGAAUCCAGCAGAGAAAUUCCUGGUGCCCUUUAUUGAUGACCCAUUGUAUGCACUCUCUCCCAUCAUACCAUUAGACACAUGCUUUGACAUAGAAGUGCAAAAUCCACCAGAAAAAGAGCUACCUGUUAAACCUGGCCAAAGUAAGACCCCUUUUACAAAAGACAAAACACAGAGCCGCCUGGAAGCUCGUUUUACUAGAGACGAGCAAAGGGCUAAAGCUCUCAACGUACCGUUCUCUGUGGAUAAAAUUGUUAAUCUUCCUGUGGAUGACUUUAAUGUCUUAAUGUCCAAGCAUCAAUUCAACGAGGCACAGCUUGCUCUUAUUCGAGAUAUACGCAGACGGGGGAAGAAUAAAGUAGCGGCUCAGAACUGCCGGAAGAGAAAAAUGGAGAACAUUGUAGAGUUGGAAACUGAUCUAGACAAGCUGAAGAACGAGAAAGAGAAGUUGCUUGCCGAGAAGGGGGAAUAUGACAGCAGCCUCCGGCUUCUGAAAAAGCAACUCGGAACCUUGUACAUGGACGUCUUCAGCAACCUACGUGACGAGGAUGGCAAUCCCUACUCUCCUAAGGAGUACUCCCUUCAGCAGACAAAAGACGGCAAUGUCUUCCUUGUCCCAAAAGCCAAGAAGAUUGAGAUUAAGAGCGAACAGAUCUAGAAUCUAGAUCCCCCCCCCCCCUUAAAAAUUCUAGGUUUUUUUAGAGUGGAAGAGCGGGUUGUACUAUAGAGUAGCACUAUUAGAACUAACAUUUAUGCUAUGAAGCACUUAUGUGUAACAAAAAAAAAACCCAGUGGGAUACUGUUGUAAAAAAAAAAAAAAAAAAAAUACAACUACCUGCGAUAAAAUAGUCUUCAGGAUUCAGAAAUGUACGAACUAGCACAUGUAAAACAAGCUGUGCUAUAAGCAGAAGAUUUAGGAGUGAAAAUGUAAAGUUUUACCAGACAAGCAGAUUGCUUCUUCAGUGUAAACGAAGAUGGGCAUUCUGUAUGUCAUCACAUUGUUUUACCUUUUCAUCUAUUUGUGUGUGCUCCCCACCGUAAGUUUGACUAUGUUCCUGUAAUCUGAAAUACCUGAUUGUAGAAGAUUUUUUAGGUCUCUAGCUUUACUAUCAUAUAUAAUGGGUAGCAUUUAUAAAAGUCAGUGAUUGGUGGCAACAUCUCUGCUUUUUUUUUUUUUUGGCUAUAAGGCAACAGCUUACUGUAGAAAGGCGGGCCUUUCAACACUCAUUGAAGCAACUGGAUAUAGGUUAGGGUGGCUUGUUGUCACCUGCAUGUGACGGUAAAAUUAAUGGAAUUACAAUGACUGCAGUGUACCACCUAUGUUAAUGGGGUACUCUGCUGCUCAGCGUUUGAAACAAACUGUUCCAAACGCUGGAGCCGGCCCGGGAGCUUGGGACGUCAUAGCCCCGCACCUCAUGCCGCCACGCCACACCUCGCCCCUCAAUGCAAGUCUAUGGGAGAAAAUGACGUUUGUCACGCCCCCUCCCAUAGACUUGCAUUGAGGGGGUGGGGUGUGACUUCAUUAGGUGCGUGGCUAUGACAUCACAAGCUCCAAACUCCGUUCAAAACGAUGAGCAGCGGAGUACCCCUUUGAAAUCGAUUUGCAGUUUUACUGCAAACCGCGGGUGAUCAGGACAUAGUGGGGCCCUAACCUUAUUGUCAACAAACCUUUUGUAUUAGUUACAAGGUUUUUCUUCAUUUGUAUCAAUGUUUACCUGAGAGAAUGCGCCCGCAUUUAUUUCUUGUCUUCUGGAUAACUGUAAAUAUCAGAACGCAUCCUAUUUAUAUAAAUAUAAAAAAUUUCCUAUUUUAUUUGUUAACAGAUAUACCAAAAAAAAUAAACCUACUGCACAAAG